AUAACAUUUUGGUAAUCAGAAAGACAUAUUGCUUUGACUGAAGCAGAGUUCAUUGUAUAGUUCAAACAGAUUCAUAUGCAUGCGGUUGGGGUAAAGCUAACACUAUUCAGACUGUUUACACAUGUAAGUCUCCUUGCAGUUCUGUAUGUGUGUGCAUAUGCCUACGUGUCUGUCUCACCUCAUAGGUACUUUGAAAGAAACUUUGUAGUCAAUAUUACCAGAAUCUCCUUUUAACAUUUAAAAACAGAGAAGUUUCUAUUAUUAAAGUUUGCAAGAUUUUGCCCGGUGCUGUUUUUAAGAUGACACACUUGGGGCCAGGGAGAUGGCUCAGUGGUUAAGAGCACUGGCUACUCUUCCAGAGGUCCUGAUUUCAAUUCCCAGCACUCACAUAGCAACUCACAACCAUCUGUAACUCCAGUUCCAGGAGACCCAACACCCUCUUUUGGCCUCAGUAGGCACCACACAUGUGUGUGUAGUGCACAGAAAUACAUGCAGGCAAAGUACCCCUAUGUGUAAAAUAAAAGAAAAAAAUUAAAAGACGGCAUACUUUCUGUGCCAGUUUCUUAAAAUAUGGGCACAAUAGUGACAUUUUAUACAUUUGCAAACGUGUGUUUAAUUUAGUGCUUGGGCCCUGAGUCUCAGCCUUCAUAAUCCUAUCAGGAUAGAACUCAGGCACGCAGCUGCCCAGCUGAGAGCCCUUAAUGAGCCUCCCUACAGAUGUAAACAUUGUUCUCAAGGGAGGGACAUUCUCAGGAUUUUGAUGCUGCAGUUCACUGGCCAGUCCACAACACAAUUAGGAAACAUCCAUUAACCUCACAAGUAAAAUUCGAGACUCUAUGUUCCUUUUCAACUCCUAAAGAGAACUAGAGGGAGACAGAACUGGCCACUGGAGAGAGCAUAACUGUAUGCUGCCUGGGACCCCUCAGCUACCCACAGAAGCCAGCAUGUCUUGGGUCCUGCUUUCUGUCCUUUGGCUCAUCAUUCAAACCCAAGUGAUAGAUACAAAGUCGGCCCCCGAAUUAAAGCUCCAUGAAAUAGUUCGUCCUAAAAAAUUACCCUUUUCACACAGAAGAGGAUCCGAGCACAAUCAGACAGAGAGCGAUGCCAAAGAGGAAAAAUAUGCGCCUGAAGUUCAAUAUCAGAUCAUACUAAAUGGAGAAGAAAUUAUCUUUCACCUGAAGAGAACCAAGCAUCUCCUGGGGCAAGACUGUACUGAAACAUCUUACUCAGCCAGAGGAGAAGAGGCGACCAGACGCUCUCAGGAUGUGAAACCCUGCUACUACGAAGGCCACAUCCUGAAUGCAAGGGACUCUCUUGCCAGUAUCAGUACAUGUGAUGGAUUGAGGGGGUACUUCACACAUCAUGAUCAAAGAUAUCUGAUAAAGCCUCUACAGAGCACAGAUGAGGGAGAACAUGCUGUUCUUCCAAUCAUCCAGGGGGAAGCAGACACAGCUAAUUACAAGCAUGGUGAGAAGCAUGCUGGCAGGAAACGAAGCCAUUUUAGAAUUUCCAGGUCCUUAAACAGCUCAAAUGACUUUCUUCAAGAACAGAAAUAUGUUGAUCUCUUCUUGGUGUUGGAUAAUGCCUUUUAUAAGAUGUAUAACGGGAAUGUGACUCGGAUAAGAAGCUUUGUGUUUGAGGUGAUGGAUCUGCUCAAUGUGAUUUACAAAACCAUAGAUAUUCAAGUGUCUUUGGUGGAUAUGGAAAUCUGGUCUGACAGUGAUAAGAUAAAGGUGGAACCCAGGAUUGGUGCCACAUUCCAAAACUUCCUGAAAUGGCAUUACUCUACUCUGGGAAAAAAGAAGAUCCAUAACCAUGCCCAGCUUCUCAGUGGAUCUGGCUUCCUCUAUAGACGUGCAGGAAUGGCAGCUGCGAAUUCCUUGUGUUCUACAUCUUCAGUGUCUGUUGUUGAGGCCAAAGGAAAGAAUAAUGUGGCUCUCGUAGCAGUGAUGUCCCAUGAGUUGGGCCAUGCCCUUGGUAUGAGGGAUGUUGUAUAUAGCACCAAGUGUCCCUCUGGCAGCUGUGUGAUGAAUCAGUACCUGAGUUCAAAAUUCCCCAAGGAUUUCAGUACUGCCAGCCGCUCACUCUUUCAAGGAUUCCUUUCAUCUAGAAAUGCAAGGUGUCUGCUGUCGGCACCUAGUCCUAAAAAUAUAAUAAAACCAACCUGUGGGAACCAACUUCUGGAAGUGGAGGAAGGCUGUGACUGUGGCUCUCCUGAGGAAUGUACCAACCUUUGCUGUGAGCCCCUGACAUGUAGGCUGAAAUCUCAAACUGACUGUGAAGAAGAAGCAUCCAACCAUAUCACAGAAUGAUCCAGUGUCUACUUCGCUGAGAAGCUUCUUUGCCAGGACAAAAGUCUAGAAGCUGAUACACCAGGAGUCUUGCCUUGUUUCACUUUGUGCUUCUAUGUAGACUGGCCUCUGAAUGCCAUGUGUGAAUCCGUAGGUUCAAUCACUGAACAAUAACAUCCCAAAAUACACGCAUAUCUAUAGUAUGUAGACAUGUUCUCAAUAUUUCCUAAAUAAUACCGUGUAACAAUUAUUUGCAUAGCAUUUUUUGUUGAUGAGGUGUUAGAAGUAGUCUUAAGAUGACAAAACAUUUACAAGAAUUUCAGUAGUUGUAAGCAAAUAUACUCCAGUUCUUAUAAAGAACCUCCAGUCCAAAGAUUUAGGUAUCUGGGUAUUCCUGGAGCCAAUCUCUAGUAGACCCUGAAGGAAGACCUCUUUCCAUUCUGCUUUCUGUGUUUUUACCAGUCUAGCCAACAAGUAAAUAGAUGUGAGAUGCUGUCUAUACAUUCAGGUUUUAUCUGCAGUGUGAAUGUGAGAACCUUGAAAAUGUGGUUUUAGUUUCAGUCUUUGCAGAACAAAAGAAAAUGAACCUUUGCUGAAGUUCCUCAAAACACUCCACUGCAUUGUUGAGUCAAUCCCAAACUGCAAAAUGACAAGUAAUUUGACCCUAAAUCUCUUCGCUAGUGUAGGAAGAGCAGAGCCUAGUCCCUUGCUGUUCCUCAUUUUGUCUACCUCCCCAAGUGUCCCUGCUUAGCUGUCUCAUGGAAUAUUGGUUACAUCCAAACACUUUUCAUUGAUCAAAUAGUUUCUCAUGUUUUCUCUUACUGUCAGGUGUAAGAUUUAUUUUAAGAAAUCUGUGUUGCUUGCAACUUAGUGGAA